GUGAGAGACUCGGAGAGAGAGAGACGGAGAACCUGAGGGAGAGCAGUCACCGAUCGCUACGGGAAUCCAAGUUUUUAUACUUGUCCCGUCUUUCUAUGUCUUUGUGCGACCCCUUAGCUGCUUCGCGUGAGACUGCCGGACCCGGUUUCGCGUGCGCUCCUUCCUGCAUUUUGAACUCAGCGAUUGACCGCGGGUUUGUUUUGGAUUAGCUUGCUAGCGUUAGCUGUUUUCCCCCAUCAGCUAACGUUCAUCCGAGAAAAAGACAGGCGGCGUGGUGGACUUUUCCUCGCUUCGUACCCACGCGUGGACCGUACGCUGCCGCUUUUCCCAGCCAGCUCACAUCCCGGCUCGGAUCCAGACUAGUGAGCACCACCGUCCAACUUGUUCUUUGUUUUCUUUCGCUCGUUUUUAUGCCGUUUUGUGCGUGUUGGCUGGCCGGCGGCGUGGUGGAGCUCCGAGUUCACUGGAAGGUCGAGGUGGAGAACGCUCCAGCUCUGUAUCCUGGACGCAGGGUUUUUCCCGGACCUGCUUAAAAAGACGAUCUCUGGAGCCCACUAAGACCCGAGUAUCGUCCGUGAACCUGUGGACUGGAUAGAGGGAGCCAAUCCUGCUGAGACCCACAACUGUGACCCACGCGUGUUGGAUAAAUAGCCACGUUUUUAAUCUACAGUGCACCCGCUUGUGAUUCUCAAUGGAUCCCCCGUACACCCUGGAGGGACCUCCAAACUAGCCCCGGAUAUAUUGUCUCUGCCACCACCGACUGAUCGAUUGCAACGUCAGCACACAGCAGAUGGACGUGGACUGUCAGCUUCACGUAUGGAAAAUGAAGAUUCCUACACGCACGUGUGCUGCUAGAAGUGAAGAUCACGUUAUUUAGUGGUCCGAGUUUCACUCACCGCACCUGAACACAGGCACUUGACAGGGAAGCCUCGUAUCCCCCCCACCCGAGUGGGAGUCAAGACUUCUGAAUCUCAGCCUGAUUGUUUUUUUUAUCUAUAUAUUUUCUUUGAAAAGAAAAAAAAAAACAGUUGACAGCUGAUUUUUUUUGUGUUUUUUUUUUUUUUUUUUUUUUUAAACCGAGGAGCUCAUUUUCUAACCAAGAUGAGGUGGACGAUGAACCUGCGAGCACAAAUGGUGUUUUUCAUCAUUUGCACUUGUGUUAUUUACAAGUGUGGACUUACCAACGGAGAAAUUUGCCAAAGCAAGGACAUCCGGAACAAUGUGAGCAACCUUCAGUCACUAGAAAACUGCACCAUCAUCGAGGGCCACCUGAAGAUUCUGCUCAUGUUCAAGACCAAGAUUGAGGACUUUCGAAAUCUCAGCUACCCAAAGCUUCAAGUGGUUACCGACUACGUGCUGCUGUUCAGGGUUUAUGGUCUCGAGACCCUCUCGAAGCUUUUCCCCAACCUGUCAGUGAUCCGAGGAAACAACCUUUUCUUCAACUACGCUCUGGUGAUUUUCGAGAUGCUGCAGCUGAAGGAGGUGGGCCUUUACAAUCUCACCAAUAUCACCCGAGGUGCAGUGAGGAUUGAGAAGAAUCCGGAUCUUUGCUACUUGGCUACACUGGACUGGUCCAAAAUCCUCGACUCUGUGGAGGACAACUACAUCGUGGCGAAUAAGGAUGAAAGGGAAUGUGGAGAUGUCUGCCUUGGGAAGGGCUCUCCAGGUCAAUCCAACUGCCCUCAAAACACCAUCAACGGACACUUCAGGGGACGGUGCUGGUCGCAGCACCACUGCCAGAGAAUGUGCACCGACUGCAAGCAUGGUGCGUGCAACCCUGAGGGCCAGUGCUGCCACGAGCAGUGUUUGGGUGGAUGUUCGGAACCGGGACUAGCCAGCAGCUGUGUGGCCUGCAGAAACCUCCAGCACGGAAAUACCUGUUUGGAGAAGUGCCCCCCUGGAUAUUACGUGUUCAGAGGUUGGCGAUGUGUCAGCUUUUCCUUCUGUCAGGAUCUACACAACGAAUGUAAAGAGACCAAGAGGACGAUCGAGGGCCGAGAGUCGGGUUGUAAAGAAUAUGUCAUCCACAAAGGGGCCUGUAUUCCGGAGUGUCCAUCCGGAUACACUCUGAACUCCUCAACGCUGACCUGUAUGCCCUGCGCCGGCCUUUGCCCAAAACAGUGUGUGGCGAAUAAGACCAUCGAUUCUGUCAUGUCCGCCCAGUCAUUGAGGGGCUGCACGGUUCUCCAUGGCAACCUGAAGAUCAAAAUUCGAGGAGGAAAUAAUAUAGCAGCAGAGUUAGAAGCCAGUUUGGGUCAACUUGAAGAGAUAACUGGAUACCUGAUGCUGCGUCGAGCCUACGCCCUCGUAUCCCUCUCUUUCCUCCGCAAUCUUCACACCAUCAGAGGGGAAUAUCUCGAGACAGACGCCUAUGCUUUCUACGCACUGGACAACCAGAACCUGCGAGAGCUGUGGGACUGGUCCAAACACAACUUGACCAUCGUGCGGGGGCGCACCUUCUUCCACCACAACUCUAAACUCUGCAUAUCUGAGAUCCAGAAAAUGGAGGAGGUGACUGGAACGAAGGAGCGGAACCUGAAAAAUGACAUCGGCAUGCGGACCAACGGGGACCAGGCGUCCUGUGAGACCAAGCUUCUUAAAUUCACCCUCAUCAAAACAACCUCCACCAUGAUCAAGUUGAAAUGGGAGCCUUUUUGGCCGUCUGAUUUCAGAGACUUGCUGGGCUUUAUGGUUCUCUACAAAGAAGCGCCGUACAGAAACGUGUCGGAGCUCGAUGGGCAGGACGCGUGCGGCUCCAACAGCUGGGUGAUUGCUGAUGUUGACGCGCCUAGCCGGGAAAACAAAGAGCAGACUGAACCGGGACACCUGAUUCGCCCGUUGAAACCCUGGACCCAGUACGCCAUCAUGGUCAAAACUCAACUGUCGGCAUCCGAGGAGCAGCAGGUCCACGGCGCCAAGAGUGAGAUCAUCUAUGUUCGAACCAACGCCUCCAAACCCUCAGUGCCCCUGGAUCCCAUCUCGUCCUCCAACUCCUCUUCUCAGAUCAUCCUCAAGUGGAAAACUUCAGCCAACCCCAACGGCAACAUCACCCAUUACCGGGUCAUCUGUCGCAAGCAGCCAGAGGACAGCGACCUGUACAAGUUUGACUAUUGUCUGCAAGGAAUGAAACUGCCUUCUCGGACCCCGACCCACCCGGAAAGUGACCCCGAGCAGAAGAUGAACCACACAGAUGAGCACACCGUUGGAGACAAGUGUUGCGCCUGUCCGAAGACGGAUCUCCAGCUGAAGAAGGAGCAGCUGGAGAUCGAGUACAGCAAGACCUUCGAGAACUACCUCCACAACGUGGUCUUCGAGAGCCGACCAACUCGACGACGACGCUCAGUUGGAGUCGCCAAUUCCACAAACCUCCCCUUUUUGUUCUCCACGAUCCCCAACUUGAACCUCGGGGCGACCACAGUGACGCCCGAGGAGGAGGAUAAAGAUUCAAAGGUGGAGCGGAAGGUGUACAAGGAAUCCACCGUCAUCUCCAACCUUCAGCACUUCACCAGCUACAAGAUAGAAAUCAUCGCUUGCAACCAUCCGACGGACCUCAAACGGUGCAGCAUGGCUACGUACGUCAGUGCUCGGACCAUGCCAGAGGAGAAAGCAGACGACAUCCCCGGACCUGUGACUCACGAGUUGGUAAACGGGGAGUCCGGCUCCGUGUUGAUCAAAUGGAACGAACCCCGCUCCCCUAAUGGUCUGAUCAUCCUGUAUGAGGUGUACUUCAAGAAGGUUGGAGACUCUGAGGAACACUCGACCUGUGUGUCGCGGCUGGCCUACCCCAGGUUCAACGGCACAAAACUUCCGCUGGUUCACCCGGGAAACUACAGUGUGUGGGUUCGAGCCGUCUCCUUGGCGGGAAACGGUUCUUACACCGAAGUCACCUACUUCUUCAUGCCCAACAAAGACGCAGGUAUAAUCGGCGUCGUGAUCGGACCGAUCAUCUGCUUCAUCCUGCUGCUGUUUGUAGGGGGCGGGGUUUUUGUGGUCCUCAAGAAAAAGCAAACCGAAGGCCCGACUGGACCACUGAUCGCCUCUUCCAACCCAGAGUACCUCAGCGCCAAUGAUGUGUAUGUCCCAGACGAAUGGGAGGUUCCCAGGGAGAAGAUCACUGUGCUGCGAGAGUUGGGUCAGGGCUCCUUCGGCAUGGUUUAUGAGGGAAUCGCCAAGGAUAUUGUCAAAGGAGACCCAGUCACUCGUGUGGCGGUGAAGACCGUCAACGAGUCGGCCAGCCUGCGAGAGAGGAUUGAGUUCCUCAAUGAAGCCUCAGUCAUGAAAGCGUUCAGCUGUCACCACGUGGUCCGUCUUUUGGGUGUGGUUUCCAAAGGUCAGCCCACGCUGGUGGUGAUGGAGCUGAUGACACAUGGUGACCUGAAAAGCUAUUUAAGGAGUCUCAGACCUGAUUCUGAGAACAACCCGACCGGUCGUCCUCCACCUACACUGAAGGAGAUGAUCCAGAUGGCGGCAGAAAUAGCAGACGGCAUGGCGUACCUCAAUGCCAAGAAGUUUGUCCACAGGGACCUGGCAGCGAGAAACUGCAUGGUUGCGGAGGACUUCACCGUCAAGAUCGGAGACUUCGGCAUGACUCGGGACAUCUACGAGACCGACUACUACCGCAAAGGAGGGAAGGGUCUUCUCCCUGUCCGGUGGAUGGCUCCGGAGUCUCUGAAGGACGGAGUCUUCACGGCCCACUCAGACUGCUGGUCGUUUGGCGUUGUGCUAUGGGAAAUCAGCACUCUGGCCGAACAGCCCUACCAGGGUUUGUCCAAUGAGCAAGUGCUCAAGUAUGUCAUGGACGGGGCCUACCUGGACCGACCUGAGAACUGCCCCGAGAGAAUGCACAGCCUCAUGCAGAUGUGCUGGCAGUACAAUCCCAAAAUGCGGCCGAUGUUCCAUGAGAUCAUCGAGAUGCUCAGAGAGGACCUGCACCCGUCCUUCCAGGAGGUCUCCUUCUUCUACAGUGAGGAGAACAAAGUCCCCGAGACUGAGGAGUACGACCUGGACCUGGACAACAUGGAAAGCAUCCCUUUGGACCCGUCGUCGUACUCGCAGAGAGAGGAGAGCUUAAGCAGGGACGGCGGGCCCUCGGUGGCCCUCAGGGGGAACUAUGAGGAGCAUGUCCCUUACACACACAUGAACGGUGGCAAGAAGAACGGAAGAAUCUUAUCGUUGCCCAGAUCCAGCCCUUCCUAACAUUUCCUCCGCCCUGAGCGAACUUCUUGAACUGCCCCACCAUCCCUCUCUCUCUCUCUCUCUCUUCCUGUCCAUAUUUUUGGUGUCCUUCAUGUUUCCGUCAGCUUUUUCUAAGUGAUUUUUCCUUUUGGGAAAAACCCUUCAAACAGAUCUCAGGACUUUUAAUUUUCUUCCUCAUGGCUGCCAAACAGGCCAGCAAGGGAUGCAAAUAUGGUCUAACACUUCUUUACCUCCACAACACGUCGGACUGUCUGUUUUUGUUCUACUUUUUUUUUCCUAUUGAUUUUCACUAUCGCUGUGUUUCCGUCUUCAUUUCGGAAACGCAGAGAGAAACUGUGAACAUGACAAACCUUAGACAACCAAACGGCUGCUUAACACUCAAGACUUUUCUACCAGUUUGCAUUUCCACGUUGUUUCGCUUCGGGUUCUCUUUUCUCAGAUAGUGGCCUUUUCAUUUGUGGCCUACAAACAAACGGAGGGGUAUCAGCGCUUUUCCAUGUAGGUUCUGAAGUGUGCAGACCGGUGGCAUGACUUGAUCUUUGAACAAAACAUCCUCCCUGUUGAUUUUGGUUCCGCAGAAUUCCGAAACGACACACAGAUUCGGCGGUUGUUUGGUUCGAUAGUUUUAAUUUAUUUGCUUUUAAUUGUUUGUUUCCCUCUGACUUUCUCAGUUCUUUGUCUCCUCACUCUGUGGCUGAAGGAUAUUUAAACAUAUUUUACAAAGAGAGUUCCUCAGACUGACCAAUAGCUGCUGCUUGAUAUAUUUUAGUGGGUAUAGAAAUAUAUAAAUUUAUAUAAUAUAUAGUAUAUAUGGAAUAUUGGUGUCCCAAUAUUUUAUAUAUAAUAUAUGACCUAUUGAUGUAUUUGUACAUAGUUUAUAUGUUUUAUAUUUUUCAUGAAGCGCCCGGCUUGUUUUUUUUUUUUUUCUGUCUCCCUGGUUCAAAACUACGAUCAUCCCGGUUGGAUCGUAAAAUGUUUUGCUGAGUUGAAAACACACUCAAGGUUUUGGAUGAAUUGGUGCGAGCCCCGUAUGAAAUACUGAAAUGCAAUCGUGGUGGAUGUGCUGAAGGUGCUGUUCAGCUCGGCCCACCAACAACGUCCCAGUGCUCUGCCUGUGACCUUUCUGUUCACUCAACUGCUGCAAUAUGUUGUUGGAGGAACUGUGUCUACACUACUAUAUGAUAGAAGAGUUGUCUGGGUGUGCUGCUGCACGGAUACUGUGGAAAUGAACACUAAAUUCAAUAGUAUGUUGGACUGAAGUGAGGAGUUUCUGGACAAACAUAUUCAUAGGUCUGUGCACACAUGGAUUCACACGCUUCAUAGGUUAAUUUCCAGGUCAGUCGGUGCCACCUCAUAAAGUAAAGUAGUGUGGGUGUCGCACCCUAGUUAGGACAGAAGGAUUGAAAUGUGGAGGUUUGUGACGGAGCUGGAGAAAGUCUAAUCUUAUCCUGUCAGUCCUUACAGCUGCUUCACUCAGGUCUGACAUUCCUGGAUUGAAGUGGAACAGCUACUACCAUGUUCAGUUUCCCCCUCAACACUUUCGGCAAAUCCGUCUUCGGAAGCUUGUGGCGGCCGAGAUCAUUGCAGUAUUGUAAUGUACCUCCUGUCGCCUUCUUCCACGCUGCGUGUCUGCCUGGAAACCCAAAACAUUCCUGUUAACUCAUUCGGUGGUCUGUAAUGGUAAAACCGAGUUUGGUUAGCCAAAUUUCCCUCUCCCAGCAUGUCAGCAAGAGUUUUUCUGGACAUGGUGGGACUUUGCUCAGCAUUUACUAAACAGCCAAAGUGUUGGCAGCACCUCUGUCGACAGAGAAAGCGGAGAAGCUGCCUGUAUCUUCUACCAGUGCCUUCCCCAUGCCAGAGCUUCUACACACACACACACACACACACACACAUCAGUGCUCGUAGGUUUGCUGCCACUGCCUCGUGGGCGUAGAUUUGUUUCCACUAAAUUAACUCUGGAGCUGGUGAUCAUUUUGUUAAUAGCAGCGUGGGUCAGAGAAGUGAAGCAGGAGAAGGCUUUGUAGUGUGUUGUGCUGUUUGACAGCAGCUUAUUUUGUUAUAAGUUCUGGUGUUCGCAGGUGUUUUUUGAGAUAGGGCCCAUAUCUUUGGAAUGCUAGAUAUUUAUUUCUAUUAUGGUCAUUGUAGACUUUUCUAUUGUGAGAGUGGAGCGAUGGUGAGGAGAAGGAGAAAGAGAUCAGUUGGAGUAAAGCUAGUUACUUAGUUUGUAUUUGUUGUUGUCUUUGCGUUUGGCCGGAGUCUACCUCAGCGCAUACGGAGGAAUCAGUCCACUCGUCCCAUGGAACACGCUAUACCAGACACUACUGACUGAUAUGUUUGUCUCCGUUCCCACUCCAUUUAGAAUCAUCAGGCACACAUGCUUUACCCUGCAUAUGUCUAUUCACCAGUCAAAUGCAAGUCAGAGGGAGUUGUUUUAAGUUCAGUCAAUGUGCGUUUCAAAGCAUAUCAAGUCCGAAGUGCAGGUGACAUGGACUGCAAUAUUCUGGAAGUCUAAAUCGGGUCAUACAUGACGGAAGCAUGUAUUUAUGUAUGGAAUGGUAGAGCUGCUACCAAAAGUUGAAUGACUAUAAUUUUAUUUAAAACCAGUAUGAUUUUUUUUUUUAAUUGCUGUAUCUGCGAGCACUUCAGUCAACCCUUCCUUCAGUCAUUCGGGUGUGUUUGUUGUGAUUCUCUGCUCUGAUGCUCUUGGUAUGUAUAGUUUUUGACUGUGAAUAUCCAGAUUGUUUAUUUUCUGUCCUGCCAUGGUCUGAUGAUGAUGACUGCGCUAGUUAAAAAAAAGCAUAGGGGGCGCCCUUUAAACCUCAAAUGACACAUGAUUUAAAAAAAAAAAAAAAAAAAAAAAAAAAGCAAGACUUGGACAAUCCUAUGUGCCAUACGAACUAUUCACAGAAACCUAGAUUGUAACUUUCUGUCUCAGGGAGGCGGCUUGAUGCGGUCAGAGGAGGGUGAUCUACCUUAUUUUUUAUCAACUCUGACCAAAGAGAACGUUCUCAGCAUCCGUGCGGAAAAUAACCAACAGUUUCUCACACAAAGUGGUCAGUCACUCAGCUGUGCUCUGUCAAGAUCGACUUUACCGGCCUCUUGUGGUUGACUGGGAGUGUUGCAAGUCAGGGGUUGGCACAGCUGAACCAGGCCCCACCCCAUCCACCCCACCCUUUAGUGCCUUGCUCGGACUAACAGCCAACCAGCCCUUCUCUGAGAACUCUGCCAGUCGCUGACUAGGACCUCCGACAACCUGUUACCCCCCCCUAAAAACACAAGACAAAAAAAACUAUAUUCACCGCAUCUGAUCUUUUUUUUCGUUUUUAAACAGUGGCGCCCCAAAGCUCAUGCAAAAAUCAAAACAAACAAACAAAAAAAAAACAUAGAUGAUCACUUCACGACAGUGGCUUUUCUAUUUGAUCAGUGCUUUGAUGACGACACUGAUGAGUCAGCUCUUAACUGUAAAUAGUGGCAGAUUCCCAUGGAUUAAAAAAAAAAAAAAUAGCACUUGAUCUGUCGAACUCUGAGACGGUUGGACAGAGCAUGCAGAGUUUUGUUUAAAGAAACAAAGUAUUAUGUUUUUAAAGAUUUUCUUCUAGCCAAAGUAGGGAGGGCGAACACGUGGAUUUUCUGUAAACUUUGACUGCUUGUGUACUUCAUGGAUUUGAACGUCAGCGUGCGUACGACUUUUCUCAAACGGAGCGAUCCUCCCCUCAUGACACGACCCACUAGAGAAUCUGUCAUGUAUUUUAAGACGGUCAGCAACUGCAGUCUGAGGACUUGACCUUGUCGAAUGUGUGUGUGUCUGCUUGUGUGAUGAUUUUGCCGGCACAUUAUCGGUGGUCACGGUCGGCAGUGGUCAGCUGUCAACGUGUUCCUCUGUAGGUGGAGGAAAAACUGUAUCAAAUUAAGUCUUUUUGUUUAGUUAGAAAGAAGAUGAUAGCUACUGACCACUGCGGACUGAAGCGCUUCACAGUAGCUGCUGUUUUGGUAGCAAAAUACACCGUUCUUUAGAUUGAAAUAGCAAGUCAUUCUUGUUUUGGUUGAUGCCUUCAGUUCACAUUUUGAGUUUGUGUUGCCUUCAACUUCAAGCAGACACACACAUGUGCACAAUAGCUUGUGGCCUGAAACGUUUCAAAACACCUACGAAGCCUUUCUUAUGUCACCGUUCUGCAGGUGUAUGAAAUUGUUUGUUUGUAUGCAAAUGUAUUUUUUUUUCUUCUUUUUGAAUGAAUAUGUGGCUACUGGACACGACCACUGUACAUCCUCUGGAAAGGAAAGAAAGAAGAAGUCCUGAAUAAGCUAAGGUGCGACGACCCUUGAUCUGAGACUGUAAAGCCUGACGGGCGUUGCUGAGGGUGAAACGUUCUCUGCUCUGAAUGACUUGAGUGUCUGAAAUUAAAAAAAAAAAAGUUUGGAAGAGGAGACACUUCUUCUUCGUCUGUCCAGUGGUCUGCUCCAGUCCGCUCCUAUGAUGGUCUCUGUCCUGUUCUCUGUGCUGUCUGCUGGUUCUAACCUGACUUGUGUCUGUGUCGUCGUUGGGUUGAAGUCUCCGUCUUCCCCGUCUUUUGGUCUCCUCGGUGCACAUAGUUGGUCCCCAUGCUGUGCUGCAGGAUACCUCUUUAUGGUUAUUGUCUUUUAUUUGCAGAUGAAUAUGCUGAUGUGUUGUGUAUCUGUCACCGUGCGUGUGUGCGUGUGUGUGCGUGUGUGUGCGUGUGUGUGCGUGCGUGUGUGUGUGUGCGUGCGUGCGUGUGCGUGUGUGUGUGUGUGUGUGUGUGUGUGUGUGUGUGUGUGUGUGUGUGUGUGUGUGUGUGUGUGUGUGUGUGUGUGUGUGUGUGUGUGUGUGUGUGUGUGUGUGUGUGUGUGUCUACAGUCCGAGCUCCACCCGCCGCAAUCCUCAAGACCGCUUCACCCCUCACACUGGAUCCAAAUGUGCCAUUAUCUUUAUGUAUCAUAUCUAUCUGCAUACUGAACACACACCAACACACAUUGUACAGGAUCAAAAAUGUGCCAUGACUAAAUGAACGCUUGACAAUUUAUUUUUUCUAUGUUUUCAAAGGAGAGCCAAGUAGUGACAUGUACAGAACAUUGUUGCAAUGAUAUGAAAAUAAAAAUCUUGCUGUGUGUAAAUUAUUCAACAAUUAACUGUUUAUAUUAAAAUUAUGAAUAAAAUUAUUGGAGAUGA